UGUGUGUCUCGCGUGUGAAGCUUUUUGUGUGUCUCUUUUGUGUGAAGCUUUUUGUGUGUCUCAUGAAGAGCUGAACGUGGGGAACAAGAAGCCAUGAAAGCAUAUAUGUGAACAAAGAAUUUAAAUGUGAUAAAUCUACAAUGAAUUCCUGCAAAGCAACAAUAAUGGAUCUCAACACAAAGAUGGACAGGGUCUGUGGCUCCUGAGAGGCAGGAAGACUGUCAGAAGGAGACAAAGACGUUUCUGAACAUGAAGAGCUCAUGCUGCAAUCCCAAUAUGAACAGUCACUUCAAAUAUCUUCCUGCCCUUUAUAGCUGUUGGGAGUGUAAACCUGAAAAGCUGGGCAGGCUGUGAAUCAAACACUCAGGAGAGGUAGGAUUAACAAUGUGAAAACAUACUGUCAAAGAAAGCUAGUCUGACCUGCAUGAAGCCAGCCUUUUACAGAGGUACAGCACAGAUCAGCGAUGCUGAAUCAAACCUCAGUCACUGCAUUUCUCCUCCUGGGAGUCACAGACAUCCAAGCACUGCAGCCUUAUCUCUUCGUGGUUUUCCUUGCAAUUUACGUGGUCAGUGUGGUUGGCAAUGGAGCAGUCCUCCUGGUUGUCGUCUCUGAUCCAAGACUCCAUUUACCCAUGUAUUUCUUCCUGGGAAAUCUGUCGUGUCUAGAUAUCUGCUACUCCACGGUGACACUGCCAAAGAUGCUGGAGAACUUCUUCUCUACACACAAGGCAAUUUCCUUCUUGGGAUGCAUAAGCCAGCUUCACUUCUUCCACUUCCUGGGCAGCACGGAGGCCAUGCUCUUGGCCGUGAUGGCCUUUGACCGCUUUGUGGCCAUCUGCAGGCCACUGCAUUACUCUGUCAUCAUGAAUUACCAGCUCUGUACCCGGAUGGCUGUCACAGUCUGGACCAUUGGUUUUUUCCAUGCCCUGUUGCACUCCAUGAUGACCUCUCGCUUGAACUUCUGUGGUUCUCAUCAGAUCCAUCACUUCUUCUGUGAUGUCAAGCCUUUGCUGGAGUUGGCCUGCGGGAACACGGAGCUCAACCAGUGGCUUCUCAACACGGUUACCGGGACCAUUGCCAUGGGCCCCUUCUUCCUAACACUUCUCUCCUACUUCUCCAUAAUCAUCUCUCUUUUCUCCAAGACCCACUCCUGUAGUGCGCUCCGCAAAGCACUGUCCACGUGUGCCUCUCACUUCAUGGUCGUCAUUGUUUUCUAUGCUCCUGUUAUCUUCAUUUACAUAUCUCCUACCUCAGGCAGCUCCAUGCAGGACCAGGUCGCCGCCAUCAUGUACACUGUGGUCACUCCUAUGCUGAACCCACUGAUCUAUACACUGAGGAACAAGGAUGUGAAGGCUGCCUUGAGUAGGGUCUUCAGAAGGAGGGACGACCUGAGCAAAUUCAGAGCACACUUCUAAGAA